GCUUGAUUUAUACACGUCAUCAUUCACCUUAAAUAAAAAAUUCGAUGGCAGUUACGCGUCAAGCAAAAGUUGUGUUCUCUCUCUUUUUUUUUUUAUAUAUAUAUAUCUUCCAUUACCAAAUAAAUAUACACUCAUCAUGUCGAUUAUGCAAUAUAACGGUGGCUCCGUAGUAGCUAUGGUCGGUAAAGAUUGUGUUGCUAUUGCAGCCGACAAACGUUUAGGUGCUCAAUUCAUGACCGUUUCAACCGAAUUCCAAAAGAUUUUCAAAGCUUCUGAAAAAACCUUCAUCGGUUUACCCGGUUUAGCUUCUGAUGUAUUGACAUUAUCAGAUCGUUUCCGUUUCAAGACAAACAUGUACAAGAUGCGCGAAGAAAGAGAAAUGGAACCUAAAACACUUGCCCACAUGAUUUCUUCAACUUUAUAUGAAAAGAGAUUUGGACCUUAUUUCGUUGAGCCAGUUGUUGCAGGUUUAGGAAAAGACGGCAAGCCUUUUAUUUGUGCUAUGGAUUUAAUUGGAUGUAUCAAUUUUGCUAAAGAUUUCGUUGUAAGCGGUACUGCAGGACCAAAUUUGUACGGUAUGUGUGAAUCUCUUUGGGAACCCAAUCUUGAACCUGAGGAUCUUUUCGAGACUAUCUCCCAAGCAUUGUUGAAUGCACAAGACAGAGAUGCUUUAUCUGGUUGGGGUGCUGUUGUUCAUGUCAUUACACCAAACGAAAUUAUUACGCGUACUCUCAAAUCUCGUCAGGAUUAAACGUUCAAAAAAUACUGACAAAAAAAAAUAAAAUUCGCAUGUAUAAACCG